AUGCGACCAGCCUGGCAGGGCUGUCCACGAGAAGGGGAAAGCCAUCCCGCCGACAAGCCUGCCAAACCCCCAACAAGCGCUGCCGUGGCGAAGCUUGACGUUCCUCCAAACAGACAUAGCGCCGCCUUGGUUUGUACCGAGACUCGGCCCAAAUGCCUGAAAGCCCUUCAACCUGGCAUCAGCGGCGCAGCAUUAUCCAAUCAAGGCGCACUGUAA